GAGGCAUUAUCAGAAUCCUCAUCAGAAUCCUCAUCAGAAUCCUCAUCAGACCCUAAAGAUAUUCUCACUAAGUGCCAAGGUGAACUCAAAUCAAACCUGAAGAAACAUAUGAAAAUAUCAAAUUUAUGGAAAAAUCAGAAUCCCUACAUAAAAUCUACACGGAGAUCUACAUCACCAGGGGAGACACCACAGAGGUCAACAAGGAACAUGAGAUCAGACAGAUCGAACAAGCAUCCAGUAAACCAGACAGACCAGAAACACCCAUCAGACAAGAAGACCUCUUUAAAGCCUCACCUGAAAGAGGUAAACCAAUCAGAGCAGUGAUGACAAAGGGUGUGGCUGGCAUUGGGAAAACAGUCUUAACACAGAAGUUCACUCUGGACUGGGCUGAAGGCAAAGCCAACCAGGACAUCCAGUUCAUAUUUCCAUUCACCUUCAGAGAGCUGAAUGUGGUGAAAGAGAACAAGUACAGCUUGGUGGAACUUGUUCAUCACUUCUUCACUGAAACCAGAGAUGCAGGAAUCUGCAGGUUUGAUCAGUUCCCGGUUGUGUUCAUCUUUGACGGUCUGGAUGAGUGUCGACUUCCUCUGGACUUCGUCAACACUGACAUCCUGACUGAUGUCACAGAGUCCACCUCAUUGGAUCGGCUGCUGACAAACCUCAUCAGGGGGAAGCUGCUUCCUUCUGCUCGCCUCUGGAUAACCACACGACCUGCAGCAGCCUAUCAGAUCACUGAGUUUGUGGACAUGAUGACAGAGGUCCGAGGGUUCACUGACCCACAGAAGGAGGAGUACUUCAGGAAGAGAUUCAGAGAUAAGGAGCCGGCCGGCACCAUCAUCUCCCACAUCAAGACCUCACGAAGCCUCCACAUCAUGUGCCACAUCCCAAUCUUCUGCUGGAUCUCUGCUUCAAUUCUGGAGGACAUGUUGAAAACUGAGAGAGGAGAGCUGCCCAAGACCCUGACUGAGAUGUACAUCCACUUCCUGGUGAUUCAAUCCAAAGUGAACGUCAAGUAUGAUGGAGGAGCUGAGACAGAUCCACACAGGAGUCCAGAGAGCAGGAUGAAGAUGAUGGAGUCUCUGGGAAAACUGGCUUUUGAGCAGCUGCAGAAAGGCAACCUGAUCUUCUAUGAGUCCGACCUGAGAGAGUGUGGCAUCGAUAUCAGAGCAGCCUCAGUGUACUCAGGAGUGUUCACACAUGUCUUUAGAGAGGAGAGAGGAACGUACAAGAACACAGUGUUCUGCUUCGUCCAUCUGAGCGUUCAGGAGUUUCUGGCUGCUCUUCAUGUCCAUCUGACCUUCAUCAACUCUGGAGUCAACCUGCUGGCAGAAGAACCAAAAAACUCCUGGCUGCCUAAAGUCUUUAUAUCCAAACCUAAACUAACAGAUCUCUACCAGAGUGCUGUGGACAAGGCCUUACAGAGUCCAAACGGACACCUGGACUUGUUCCUCCGCUUCCUCCUGGGUCUUUCACUGCAGACCAAUCAGAAACUCCUACGAGGCCUGGUGACGCAGACAGGAAGUAGCUCAGAGAUCAACCAGAAAACAGUGAAAUACAUCAAGAAAAAGAUAAGAAAGAAUCCAUCUCCGGAGAAAAGCAUCAACCUGUUCCACUGUCUGAAUGAAAUGAAUGAUCGUUCUCUAGUGGGGGAGAUCCAACAGUCCCUGAGAUCAGGAAGUCUCUCCGCAGGUAAACUGUCUCCUGCUCAGUGGUCAGCUCUGGUCUUCAUCUUACUGUCAUCAGGAGAUGAUCUGGAAGAGUUUGACCUGCAGAAAUACUCAGCUUCAGAGGAGGCUCUUCUGAGGCUGCUGCCAGUGGUCAAAGCCUCCAGGAAAGCUCUGCUGAGUGGCUGCAAACUGUCAGAGAGAAGCUGUGAAGCUCUGUCCUCAGUCCUCAGCUCCCAGUCCUCUAGUCUGAGAGAUCUGGACCUGAGUAACAACAAGCUGCGGGGUUCAAGAGUGAAGAAGCUGUCUGAUGGACUGAAGAGUCCGCACUGUACUCUGGAGACUCUCAGGUUAACUGGCUGUAACCUGUCGGAGAGAAGCUGUGAAGCUCUGUCCUCAGUCCUCAGCUCCCAGUCCUCUAGUCUGAGAGAUCUGGACCUGAGUAACAACGACCUGAAGGAUUCAGGAGUGAAGCUGCUGUCUGAUGGACUGAAGAGUCCACACUGUGAACUGGAGACUCUCAGUCUGUCCGGCUGUCUGGUCACAGAGGAAGGCUGUGUUUCUCUGGCUUCAGCUCUGAGAUCCAACCCCUCCCAUCUGAGAGAGCUGGACCUGAGCUACAAUCAUCCAGGAGACUCAGGAGAGAAGCUGCUGUCUGCUGGACGGGAGGAUCCACUCUGGAGAUUGGAGACUCUCAGGCUGGACCAUGGUGGAGAGCAGAGGUUCAGAGCAGGUCUGAGGAAGUAUUCCUGUGGACUCACCCUGGACUCAAACACAGUGGAGAGGUUCCAACUGUCUGAGGACAACAGGACGGUGACAAGUGUGGAGGAGGAGCAGCCAUAUCCUGAUCAUCCAGAGAGGUUUGAUGGCUGGGCUCAGCUGAUGUGCAGAGAAGCUCUGACUGGUCGCUGUUACUGGGAGGUCGAGUGGAGAGGAGAGGUUGAGAUAGCAGUGACUUACAGAGGAAUCAGGAGGAAAGGACAAGGAGAUGAAUGUGUGUUUGGAUUGAAUGAUCAUUCCUGGACUCUGGCCUGCUCUGAUAGAGGUUACGCUGUCUAUCACAAUAACAGAGAAACAGACAUCUCCUCCUCCUCCUCCUCCUCCUCCUCCUCCUCCUCCUCCUCUGGUAGAGUAGCAGUGUAUCUGGAUCAUGCUGCUGGCUCUCUCUCCUUCUACAGAGUCUCCUCCUCCUCACUGAUCCUCCUCCACACCCUCAGAGCCACAUUCACUGAACCUCUCUACGCUGGGUUUGGGGUUGGGGAUGACUCCUCAGUGUCUCUGUGUCCUCUGUGUCCUCUGUAGGAGGAGACCACUUCCUGUCCUGGGUCACAUGAUGGUGUUUUAAAUGGAGGCUUCUCAUUGGUUACCGUGUGUCUCACUGAUUGUGUCUGUAAUAAAGUUUUCUUGAAGCAACGUAUUAAAGCUGAUCCUGAAGACUGUAGUGAUCGAUACGUUCAAUAAAGAUUUAGAACAAG